AAACUGCGGCGUGGAGCUGCCUCCCCGCUGCCGCAGCGGGAUUCCCAGCGUGGGCCGCGCCCCCUCUCUCUGGCUGCCCUCCCGGUGCUUCCUGUGCUGCCGGCUGUUUGCCCCUCCUGCGCCUUCCGUGCUCCCGCCCCGACACCGCCCAUCCCCCCCUCUCGCCCCGCCCCCUCCAGCCCCGCGAGCCGCCGCCGGGAGGCGCUGCCCAGUGCGGGCGGACUCCGGGCAGAGCCGUCAGCAGAAGUUACCGCGCAUGCUCCGCUCGCCGCGCCGCCUCCCCCCCCUCGCCGAGUCCUUCCUCCCCGGGCCGCCCGCCUCCCAGCCAGCCACGUGGGGACGGAGCCGCGCUGCCGGAGGCCGGCUCGCUGCUGGGGCCGCAGCUGCGGAGCAGUCGCCUCCGCGACCCGGGGUGUCUCCCGCGGCCCCGCCGCCGGGCUCGGUGAGGCAUUUUCAGUAACCAUGCAGCGCAAGAAGGUAGACAAUCGCAUUCGAGUGCUAAUUGAGAAUGGAGUGGCUGAGCGACACAGAACACUUUUUGUUCUAGUUGGAGACCAUGGCAAGGAUCAGGUGGUUAUACUCCACCACAUGCUAUCUAAAGCAACUGUGAAGGCCAGACCCUCGGUCUUGUGGUGUUACAAGAAGGAGCUGGGCUUUAGCAGCCACCGUAAAAAGCGAAUGAGACAACUACAAAAGAAGAUUAAAAGUGGAACUUUAAACCUAAAGCAGGAUGACCCUUUUGAGUUGUUUAUAGCAGCCACAAACAUUCACUACUGCUAUUACAAUGAGACCCAUAAAAUUCUUGGUAACACCUUUGGCAUGUGUGUACUCCAGGAUUUUGAAGCCUUGACUCCAAACCUGCUGGCUAGAACUGUUGAAACAGUGGAAGGAGGUGGAAUUGUGGUGAUUCUCCUCAGAACUAUGAACUCACUGAAGCAGCUGUAUACAGUGACCAUGGAUGUUCACUCACGCUACAGAACAGAGGCACAUCAGGACAUAAUAGGGAGGUUUAACGAAAGGUUCAUUCUGUCUCUGGCCUCUUGUAAGAACUGCAUAGUGAUUGAUGAUCAGCUCAACAUCCUGCCAAUUUCUAGUCACAUUGCAAACAUAACACCAGUUCCUCCACAGUCUCAGGAGGAUAGUCUCAGACCUCAGGAUCUGGAGCUGAAGGAAUUGAAGGAGAGCUUGCAGGAUACGCAACCUGUAGGCGUGCUGGUGGAUAGCUGUAAAACUCUGGAUCAGGCAAAAGCACUUUUGAAAUUUAUUGAAGCCAUUUCUGAGAAGACUCUGAGGAGCACCGUAGCUUUAACAGCUGCCAGGGGACGUGGUAAAUCUGCUGCCUUAGGACUGGCUAUAGCUGGAGCCGUCGCUUUUGGUUACUCCAACAUCUUUGUGACAUCUCCCAGUCCAGAUAACCUUCACACACUAUUUGAGUUUGUAUUUAAAGGCUUUGAUGCACUGCAGUACCAGGAACAUCUGGACUAUGAGAUUAUUCAGUCUCUGAACCCUGAGUUUAAUAAAGCAGUCGUCAGAGUGAAUGUGUUUAAGGAGCACAGACAGACUAUCCAGUACAUACAUCCCGCCGAUGCUGUGAAACUGGGCCAGGCUGAACUUGUGGUGAUUGAUGAAGCUGCUGCUAUCCCCCUUCCUCUGGUGAAGAACCUGCUGGGGCCUUACCUUGUCUUUAUGGCUUCUACGAUCAAUGGUUAUGAGGGCACUGGUCGGUCAUUGUCCCUGAAGCUGAUUCAGCAGCUCCGGCAGCAGAGUGUACAGGCACAAGCCAGCAUGACCGCAGAGAACAAAUCUACAGCUACAGCUAAACUCGCCUCAGCUCGUACAUUGCAUGAAGUCUCCCUCCAAGAGUCAAUCCGAUAUGCCCCUGGAGACCCUGUUGAAAAAUGGCUCAAUGACCUACUAUGUUUGGAUUGUCUCAACAUCACCAGGAUCAUCUCUGGCUGCCCGCUGCCUGAAACCUGUGACCUAUAUUAUGUGAACAGAGACACCCUCUUUUGUUAUCACAAAGCGUCGGAAAUUUUUCUCCAGAGGCUGAUGGCUCUAUACGUGGCUUCACACUACAAGAAUUCUCCCAAUGACCUCCAGAUGCUUUCAGAUGCUCCUGCUCAUCAUCUCUUCUGCCUUCUGCCACCAGUCCCACCUACCCAGAAUUCCUUGCCAGAAGUACUUGCUGUUGUUCAGGUGUGUCUGGAGGGAGAGAUCUCUCGCCAGUCUAUCAUGAACAGUCUGUCUAGGGGGAGGAAGGCUUCAGGAGAUCUUAUUCCAUGGACUGUCUCAGAGCAGUUCCAAGAUCCAGACUUUGGGAGCCUCUCGGGUGGACGUGUUGUUCGCAUUGCAGUCCACCCUGAUUAUCAAGGGAUGGGUUAUGGCAGCAGGGCUCUGACCUUAUUGCAAAUGUACUAUGAAGGCAAAUUCCCUUGCCUGGAAGAAAAAAUGACUCCGAAGCCAAAAGGAAUUACUACCAUAAGCAGUGAGGCUGUCAGUUUGUUAGAAGAGGCUGUGACACCUCGGAAGGACUUGCCUCCUUUACUUCUCAAACUGAGUGAGCGACAAGCGGAGAAUCUAGACUAUCUGGGGGUAUCUUAUGGUUUGACACCAAGGCUGCUCAAAUUUUGGAAACGUGCUGGAUUUGUACCAGUUUACCUAAGGCAGACUCCAAAUGACCUGACUGGUGAGCACUCCUGUAUCAUGCUGAAGAUGCUGAAUGAAGAAGAGAGUGAACAGGAGCACUGGCUCGCUGCCUUCUGGAAAGAUUUCAGGAGGCGGUUCCUGUCUCUGCUGUCGUAUCAGUUCAGCGCUUUCCCCCCUUCAUUAGCAUUGAACAUUCUACAGAACAAGAAUAUCAAGCAGGAGUUGCAACCCCCAAUCAGCCGUCCUGAAUUGGAAGCUGUGUUCAUCCCCUAUGACCUGAAGCGGUUAGAGAUGUACUCUCGAAACAUGGUGGACUAUCACCUGAUCAUGGACACAAUUCCCGCUGUCUCCAGGAUGUACUUUCUCAGCCAGCUAGGAGACACAUCCCUCUCUGCCGCGCAGUCUGCCCUUCUUCUGGGGAUUGGUCUGCAACACAAAUCCAUGGAUGUGCUGGAAAAAGAGAUAGAACUGCCCAGCAGUCAGCUGAUGGGCCUCUUCAAUAGGAUCAUCCGCAAGUUCGUUCAGUUGUUCAGCAGGAUCCAGGAGAAGGCUGUGGAGGCGCAGAUGGCAGUAACAAAGGAAGUUGUAAUGGAGCCAACCCUGAAAUCUUUAAAUGAGGACUUGGAAGAAGCAGCAAAGGAAUUCCAGGAAAAACACCAGCAAGAAAUGGGGAAGCUGAAAGACAUGGACUUUUCACAAUAUAUAAUCCGGGGCGAUGAUGAAGAAUGGAACGAAGUGCUGACCAAAGCAGGACAGAAUGCUUCGAUUGUCAGCCUGAAAAGUGAAAAGAAGAGAAAACUAGACAUGGAAAAAGGACCAAAACAACAAAAGAAAUUUAAGAAGAACAAAGAUCCAAAGCAAAAGCAGAAGUGGAAGAAAUGACUUUAAAAAUGAUAAUGGACUCGAAUAACCAGGAGCAAACUCCUGUCUAAGGAGCCCCAUCCCCUUUUUAAAGCAAGGACUUCUCUUGAAGAAGCAGUGUCUGGAGGGGAAAGGCUUAGAGGCCCUUUUAAAGAAUAUAUAUUAAGGAAAAUGUAGUGACCUCGCCAAGAGACGCUGCCCAUGGGGAUUUUUAUACUGUGUGCCUGGAGAGCCAGGUUUGAUGAGAGGCACUACACAACAAACUAGACUAUUACAAGGGUGCCUAAAUGGCUAGGAAAUGUCUAUUCCCAGGGCUAAUCAAUCCAUAAACAACUUUCCCCCAUCUUAGUGGUUGGUAGUUAAUUUUUUAUUUUAUGUUGGGAGGCCUAUUGGAGCACUUGCUUUUAUUGUGCCUUACUAUGUGGUGUGGCGUGCUAGCAUUUUAAUACACCUUAGUAUGUUUAAUUACCGGCCCUUCUCUGCAUCAGCUUUCCAUUAGGAAUGACAUCAGGUUCAAGCAGCAUAAAAAUGUCUGCUUUCAAAUUGCGCCAUGAGCUCCAUUCUCCAUGUGGGGCCUUGCUAUUCACUGAGCACCAGCGGGGCAUGCUCAGUGCCAUGUAAAAGUGGCCACGGUCCCUGUGCUAAGGAGCUUGCGGUGUACAUUGAUAUAUAAUUCUGUUUGGAAAACAAAGCCUACAGCUCCUGCUUCUCGUUCCCCAGAGGAAGACCCUAAUCAAGGAUGCCUCUGUUUCAUUCUUAGUGGCUUAUAGGCCCCUUAUCUCUCAGGUGGCUAAGGGGUUUGCCCUGUGAUAGGCCUGGUAGCCAGUCCUAAUAUUUCCUUACUUCCUAAGCUUGCUGUGACAAAUAGAGAAGGCCCUGCUGGCUCCAUGUCAUCUGGUGUGUCUGCUUGGCUGUUUGUAGUUUGGAAAUUGUGCAGAGGUUGCCAUAAAAUCAACAUAGACUCCAGUGCCAGGAAACCAGCCUCCUCACCUACACUGGCUCGUCCUCAAGUGGCAGGGGCUGGCCAAGCAACUCAACAGUCCGCUUAUGAGGCAGUAGGUCUCCGCUUACCUGUGGUUCCUUUUUGCGUUUGGGAACCAGGUCUGUAUUGCCCAGGCUCGUGUCCUCUUCUGCUGUGGGAGGGGAGGGGGUUCUGUGGUGGAGCUGCUCUCUUCUGUGUCUGUGCCUAUCGCAGACUCCAGUGAGUGGGGCAGAUCUUAGCUGUUGGGGAACUGCAGACAAAUAUAGCAGCUGAAGUUCCACUUUUCCUCUUCCUCCUCCCUUCCUUCCACAGAAUAAGGGUUCCUAUUUCACUGACCCCCAUCCCACAGCCUGCUCCCCACUUUGCAUCUCACGCUCAUUCCCUCCCCUGCAUGUAUUUUUCUGUCACCCAUCUUCCUUACUCCUGCUCCCCAGCCUAAGGGACUGGGAGCUGCUAAUGGUAGGCUGUAUUGAGAGCACUAUGCUACAGAAGGGUCAGAGUUACGAAAGGCUGUCGAUCCUGACCUGCUCCUCCCCCUGCUGCUGGAAAACCUCACUGACCCUCAAGUUCCUCCUCCCGCCCCCUGAAACUCUUAAAAACCCAUUUUCUCCAGCUAUGUCCACCUGGGCAUGCUCCAGUUUCCUCCCCAAUAAGCUCUUUGGAUUUGUGAGGCCCGUUAACCAGAAGGAAGGGCUACUACACCAGUGCUUGUGCCUCCUUUUCAUUAACAAAUCAAUUCAAAAGACUGCUCUGCUGCUCUACCUUUCCUUUCUAAUAUAUCGGGGAGUUGGGUGCCCUGAAAAUUUCAUUUAUACCCCACCCCAAAUACAUAGAAACCUUGUUCCAUCAACUGGCAGAACAAGGUGCUACCGUCCAGGAGGCAGGUGUUGGAUGCUGGGCCUUGGUUAUCUGCUUCUGGGCAGCAGGGGCUGGAGCGUGCAGUGUUGUGUUCCAGCGUUCCCCUGUGGCUGACUCAGGAUUGUUGACUCCAGAGGGUGCUGGAUCUCGUUGGUCUGAGGGAUGGUUACUGCAAUGCAAGACUUUGCAAGGUGUGUCAUGGGUAAAUUGCAUCCCUUAGGCUUUGAGUGGGGCCAGGAGGUGUGGGAAAGGAAUUGACCUGUGUACCUAGAGUUAGUGUUAAAUGAGUGGUGUGGAAUUGAGAAUGAUUUCAUUGGUGCCUCUGCUUGUUUUGCUUCCUUCUCCGCAAGUUACAGAUGUGUGAUCUGAUUGGCCACAAAUGACAGCAAAAGGUGCUUGAGGUACCUGUGUGGUCCUUGCAGGAGACUUAAGCAACAGUUUUAAAUUGUUUCAAGCUGAGCCCUUUGACCUGUGUGCAGAUUAUUAGGACUCAUUCACACAGAAGUUGGUGUUUACCGUGUGAUGGGGUGUUCACCUCAUACAAAGCAGAGCAGGUGACAUUAGAUUAAUUAACCUGAAAGGCUGCACCUGAGGGAGAGCCAGGGCUUGAGAGGCUGAUUGAUGAUGGAGCCCAGCUGAGAAGGAAUGGGUGGAGCUGGUAGAAAGCUGGGAAGCAGGCUGCAGUCACACCCUGGGAGAAGGGAGAUGUGUUUGGGGCUGCAGUGUUAAGUAAAGUUACAGUGACUCCCUGGGAAGAGGGAGUUUGGACUGGUAAACUUGGGAGCCAGAAGAUGUAGGAAGUAGUCCAGGGAAAGAGCAACAGGAUCAGGGAGAAAGCAGGUCACAGUGCUAGAUAUAGGGUCCCCGGACUGGAACCCAGAGUAGAGGGCAGGUCUGGGUUUCCUUACCAGCCCCUGGGAAAGUGGCACAGACCGAGCAUUGGAGCCGAAGACUGCCUGGGACAGUUGUUCAAUAGGACUUUGCUAACUCUGGAAGGGGACUACAGUGAUGUGGCUAGAAGGCCAAGACAGGAAGAGAGAACACCCUUAGUCAUUCAGAGAGAGUGACAGAAGCGUAGCAAGGUCCGCAAAUGAGUGGCGGAAGGGGGCAUUGGACUGGAAGGAGCUAAUCCCCAGAGCAGCCAGGAGGAGAUGCCUUUGUGGUGAGUGGACCCCGUGACAUACUCAUUGAAUAUGUUGCUGGUCAUUAUACCAGAGUAGUGGGAGGCUUUUCCUAUUGCGCAUCGCUGCUCAAGGCCAGAAAACUGUAAUUGAAAUUCCUCUUCUUAAAAUGUGGAACUGGUGAAAACCACUGAGCCUGUUGUAGGAAUCCUUAAACUACGGUCCUCCUAACAGGGUUAAGAGCUGUGCAGUUUAAGAUGAAAUCUUUUAUAGGGCCCAUUUGGCUGCGAUGUCUACCAGAAGCCAGUUUGUGUUAAAGGUGAGGCUAAUGGGCAGAGGGUUGUGGGAUAACUGAGGAAGUUGAUAUUUAUUUCCAAGACUAAAAAUACCUCAGAUGUGUAUUAUAAACUAUAUCUUCGUCCCUGUCUCUCCCAGCUAUUUGUUGUUGCUUGUCUUAGAUUGUGAGCUCAGGGACAUGGUCUACCUGGGUUUGUAAAGAACCUCCUACAGCUAAGCCUUGAGCCUGCUUGGGGCCUCUGGCUGCUCCCCUGUUGUAAAUGUUACAGGUAGCAUCAUGGUCUCAUACACAGUGCAUCAGACUGGGAGUCAGGAAUACUGGGUUUUAUCACUCCUACCUACCCUUGACUUCCUUUGUCUUUGGGCAAGUCACACAAAUUCUCUGCACCUCUGUCUGUUCAGGUGGGGAUAAUACAUAGCCUGAACACAUUUAUGGGCUUCAUUAAUGUUUGUAAAGUGCUUUGUGAUCCUCUGGUGAAAGGUGUAAUAUAUUAUUCAGUGGAAAUUAAAUGAUGUAGCUUGCUAAA